UUCUCCUUCAACUGUAUAACACACGUGUCACGCAAAUUCUCUCCCUCUUUCUCUCUUCUUCCCCCGUGGUUCCCGGAGACGACGCCGGAGGAACUUUGCUUCGACUUCACGUGGCCGCUCCACGAAGCGCUUUGGUUUUCUCUCUCUCUCUCCUGAAAUUUUCCCGUGACUUGGUUACCACCAACUGAACCAGAGGAGGAGAGCGAUUUUCGGAAGACAGAGAGAGAGAAAAAAGAGCAGCUUCUUCGCUGAUCAAACGUUAGACCCGUGACCUUUUGUUUUUGUUUUCUUCUUCUUCUUCUUCAGGUUUGAUCCCGUUUGAAGUUGUAGAGAUUGAUUGAGAAUCGAUUCUUGUGUGUGGAAAUGUCUGGCGUUGGCGAGAACCAGCUUAUCUCCAUUGUACCUGAUGAACUCAAAUUCCUUUUUGAACUCGAGAAACAAAGCUACUGUGAUCUUAAAGUUGCCAAUAAAACUGACAACUAUGUUGCUUUCAAGGUAAAGACAACAUCUCCAAAAAAGUAUUUUGUUAGACCCAACACUGGUGUCAUUCAGCCAUGGGACUCCUGCAUCAUUCGAGUUACUCUACAAGCGCAAAGGGAGUAUCCUCCAGACAUGCAGUGCAAAGACAAGUUUCUCCUUCAAAGCACCCUUGUUCCUCCACACACCGAUGUUGAUGAUCUUCCACAAGAUACAUUUACAAAGGACAGUGGGAAAACGUUAACGGAGUGUAAGCUCAAGGUCUCUUAUAUCUCCUCCUCUACUACAACCCAAAGAUCCUCUGAUUCUGGAGCUACCAAUGUCGAUGCAAAUUCCUCUGAAACCAUCUCUACUGUUCAGCGGUUGAAGGAAGAGCGAGAUGCAGCUGUAAAGCAAACACAACAGCUGCAACAUGAAUUGGAGAUGGUGAAGAAACGAAGAAAUAACAGCGGAAAUGGGUUAUCCUUAAAGUUGGCAGCUUUGGUUGGACUCAUUGGACUUAUCAUCGGUUUCAUCCUAAAACUCACCUUAGCUUCUUCUCCCACAUAGAAAGCUAUCCAAAACGGUUUUGGGGUAUUCUACUCUGUUAACCCUCUCUCUCUCUCUAUGAUCUGUUCUACUUUUGUUUUUGUCCAUUAAAAGGUUUGCUUCUUCGUCAGUUGUAUUGGAUGUACAUUUUUUGACUCAACAGACUCUUUCGUGA